AUGUUCAAGUCGGCGCGGUGGAGGAGCGAGAAAAACAAGGUCAAAGUUGUGUUCAAGCUGCAAUUUCAUGCAGCUAAGGUGCCAAAAGUUGGAGAUGAUGCGUUAUUGGUAUCGAUUGUUCCUGCCGAUGCCGGAAAGCCAACGGUAAAAUCAGACAGGGCAUUGCUUCGAGAAGGGAGUUGUUUCUGGGAGAAUCCAGUUUACGAGUCCGUGAAAUUCAACCGAGACCCGAAAUCAGGGAAAAUACUUGAGAGGAUAUACUAUUUUGUUGUGGGGACGGGAUCGUCUAAAUCUGGAGUCAUAGGGGAAGCUUCGAUCGAUUUCUCGAAUUAUGCCGAAGCAAACAAGGUCUCGAUGGUGUCUCUUCCUCUCAAGUGUUCAAAACCUGAAGCUGUAUUAAAUGUAUGCAGUAAAUUUUUUCCUUUUGUUUUCGAAAAUUCAUAUUGUUUGCUCGACGAAGACAAUGAGAGCAUAAAAUCGGACUAUAAAGAUAGCAGCUUGAAGGCACAGAUGGAAAAUGGUGAUGUAGAUGAACCCAUGAGGAGCAACUCUGACAUUGUGCCGUUUAAUAAAACCGUUUCCAACAUUGCGGUGCCGAACAGGCCCUGCCGUGGGUCCAGCGGGUCAGACAUCACGAUGUCGAGCUCAGAGAGCGACAACGUCCAUCACGAGUGGCUUAGAAACACGGCCCUUGAGGCUGCAAGCACGGACAACGAUUCCUUGAGUACCCCAAGAGAAAAAACCUUUUCAGGACUGCAACAAAUGUUGUCCGAUGAGCCCUCGGGUGUUGUGGUCGAAAAGCUGAAAUCAGAAGUGGCAGCUUUAUCUAGACAAGCCUCAAUGUCUGAUCUAGAGCUACAGACCCUCCGUAAGCAGAUUGUAAAGGAAAGCAAAAGGGGACAGGACCUUUUUAAAGAGGUAGUUUGCUUGAAAAAGGAAAGGGAUGCUCUGAGGGAAGAAUGCGAUAGGAUAAAAAUUGCAAAAAAUAGAAUCGACUCUGGAGGUGGGGACUCUUGGAAAAUUGUGGAAGAACUCAGACAAGAACUGAACCAUGCGAAGGAGAUCAAUUCAAAUCUCCAAAUUCAGCUCCAAAAAACUCAAGAAUCAAAUUCGGAACUAAUUCUCGCAGUGCGCGAUCUGGAUGAGAUGCUGGAGCAGAAAAACAAGGAAAUACUGAGACUCGAGAGUGGGGCCAACAAAGAAAUGGUGCUCACAUGUCGACCAGAUAACAGUAACGAGGAUGACGAUGAAGAACAGAAAGCUCUGGAGGAGCUCGUGAAGGAGCAUGGCAUUGUCAAGGAGGCGCAUCUUCUGGAACAACAGAUCCUUGAGAUGCGAGACGAGUUGGAGACUUUCAAGAGGGACAAAGACGAACUGGAAAUGCAGAUGGAGCAGCUCGCACUUGAUUAUGAGAUAGUGAAGCAGGAGAAUCACGAGAUGGCGUACAGGCUGGAGCAGAGCGAGAUCCAGGAGCAGCUGAAAAUGCAGUACGAGUGCUCGUCUUCGUACAAUGCUGUCCAAGAGCUCGAGACCCAGGUAGAAAAUCUCGAGAACGAACUAAAAAUACAGACGAAAGAGUCGGAAAAUGCGCAGAGAAAAAUAAGUGAACUCGAAGCUCAUGCGAAAAGUUUAGAGGAGGAGCUUGAGAAGCGGUUGCUCAGUUUUGAAGCUGAUCUAGACGAGCUCAUGCGCUCGAAAGUUGAGCAAGAGCAAAGAGCGAUUAGAGCCGAGGAGACAUUGAGGAGGACAAAGUUGCAGAAUGCAAAUACAGCCGAAAGGCUUCAGGAGGAGUUCAAAAGGCUUUAUGUUGAGAUGGUGUCCACGUUUGAAGCAAAUGAGAGACUAGCCACUAAAGCUAUGGCAGAAGCAAACGAGCACCGUUUACAAAAAAUCCAUUUGGAAGAAAGUAUUAAGGAAGCUUAUGAAGAUCAUAAAUUAAUUGAAGAACGUUAUGAGGCUAAAUUGGAUGAACUUUCUGGACAAGUGGAAUUGAUGACGAACCAAAUCAUGCAGCUGCAGUCUGAAAUUGAAGAUAAAUCUUUGCAGCUGGAAAAUCAGAAAAGGCUUGAAAACGACUUCGAAAAGUGUACUACAAAGAUUAAAUUUCUGUUGGAGGAGUUAGAGAAUAAGGGGACUCUGAUGCGUGAGUUGGAACAAAUGAGAGUGUCCGUUAAGGAAAUGGAAAUUCUUUUGAAACAUGGUAAUGAUGAAAAGAUUAUGCUUGAGAAAAAGAUUAUGUCGGCAAAGAGUGAUGCUGAAGAGCUGCAGAAGGAACUAAAUAAAAUGAAAUGCAUUGCGAAAGAAAAAGAACUAAUGGUCGAGAAACUACAGGAGGAGCUCGUCUCUCUUCAAUCACAGGUUACAGAACUAAAGCACACUGUAUCUGAGGAUGCACAGAUGAAAGAAAUAUUGAGGAAACAGUUGGUUUUAUUGAAAGGUGAUAUCAAGAAAAGGGAUGAUGCCCUGAAUGUCAUGGAGAAGAAGACUUGUGGAGGCUCCCCAGAGGUUGCGAAUCUUAAGGAGAGACUUGAGUUUCUUGAGAAUCAGGUCAGGCUAAAGCAAAAUGCUUUAGAAGCUUCCAAUAAUGCAUUUCUAGAGAAGGAAAAGGAACUUAGUAAUGAAAUUGGAGAUUUGGAAGCAAGACUUGAAGUGCUCAACCAAACCAGUAUUGAUUGCUCUGAAGAUGAAGUCGUGGAGGUAGCUGCAGUCGAAGAGGACGAUGACCCAAAUUUUGGAUCAAAUGAAGAAGCAAUCAGUUUUGAUGACGAUGCAACCAAUCAGAAAACGUGUACAAUGGUAUCCUUUUGCGGUGAAAAUAUUUUUUUUCGUGAGGAACUAAAACAUUGCGCGGACAGCAAUGGUGAUCUUGACGAAGCUAAAGAUGAAAUGUCUUUACUGAAGGAGAGGAACAGAUUGAUGGAGGCAGAGCUGAAGGAGAUGCAAGAGAGGUAUUCGGAGAUAAGUGUUAAGUUUGCGGAGGUCGAGGGCGAAAGGCAACAGCUUGUGAUGAGAGUUCGUAACUUGAAGAAUGCAAAGAAGAAACUGUAA